AAUCUUAAAAAAAAAAAGAACAACAAUUUGAAACUUGGCCAAAGGUUCACCGCUUAGGAUGCUUCUAACCAGCAGAAACAGGGAGGCUGGGCACAGAUGACGUAGCUAAAUAAAGGACAAUACAGGAAGAAAACUUGUUAAAAGCAACACAAGACCUAACCCUCCUGUUGUGUUCGUUUCUAGGGUGUUUGUGGGUCAAUUUGACCCGGGGAGUGUUUAAUCAUGCAAUAGUGUCAGAAGCCAAAAAAUUCCUCCAAAACAUUUUUGUAUCUGAUUAUUAACUCCAAUACGGUUCCUCUCCUGAUCCAUUCUGUCUGACGUACAGCAGCACACUGCGCCACAACGGACACUUCUUCUUCUUUUUUUUGUCUUUCGAUGUACACAGUAUCCGUCCUAACUGAAAUUGUUCAGCUUAUAAUGGCGUCUUUUUUCUCACGUCUGUAUUUUUAAAAGCGUUUUUGCUUCUUAGGACAUGGAAUCGGGUCGAGGACGUUUUAAAAAGACGCGGGUUGAUAGCAGCUCACCGCGGCUGCGUAGUGUCCGUCUCUAGGCAACCGUGACGUUCAGCGUCGGUCCGUAGCGUUCAGGGGUCCUUUAGUUCCCACCACGACAAUUUAGCUGACCUUAAUAUUUCCUGUGUUUUAUUUUGGUCAUUAUUGUUAAACUUAGUGUUGAUGUGUGUAUGAUAGGCGUUUCUAUCGGACAGUUAUGUAUCGGUUCAAUACGGGACGCACAUUUAACGGCCAAAUAUGGGACGACUCCGUAUUUUACGGGAAGGGUGGCGACCUGAUUCAUACAGUUUUAGGGGUAGGCCUAGGUACGCCACUUUCAACCAGUUAGCCCGUUUCCUCUUUUUCUGUUUUCGGGCAGAAUGUUUCCUUUUGACCGUUGGUCCUCGCAACCGCACCCGGCUGUGCCAGUCCAUUGUCCUCAAGAGCCGCUGUCUCCCAAGUGCGGAUUUCAGUCUUGGUGAUAUGUUACCAGCUGAACUGGUCCAAUAACCAUCAGCUAAGCCGAGCUGCAUUCAGCCAUAAAGUUUGUUUUUAUUCAAACUUGAGCAAUUUUCUAGUUGUUCUGCUGAGGUACUGAUAUCCGUUUGUGACAUCAUGCACAUUGACGUCACAAAGAGUGACGCUCUCUUUGUGGAGUUAGGCUGUUCAGCUUAUAGUGCUGAACAUUAUAAGCAUCGCAUCAUAACCAUUGCAGAAGAGAGAGAGCGAGCAAGCAAAAGGAUCGUCUCCUAUCAAGAGAUUGAAAACGAAGGAUUUUCCAGAUAAAACGGCAAAUCCUAACAAACAAAAGAAAACAUUAAGCAGUUUUUGGAUUGUCCAGAUAAAAAGUAUCAACAAUGAAUCAGAGCAAUAAGGCAUCGACUUCUGAUUCUGGGAAUGAAAAACUAGCUAGAGAGACACAGAAGCUCCAUGAUCUCUUGAAAAAAGUCAACUUGAUUUCAGCUGAAAGACAGUCGCUGAUUAAAGCCAACGAGGACUUGAAGAUUCAAGUAAUAAACUUAGAAAAAGCUGCACUUGUAAAAGACAAACUGCUUUUGGAGAAAGACGAGGAAUUAAAAAAACUGUUCGGCAGAAACAGAAUUUUAAAGGAGGAUAACAUACCGAAGCAGGAAAACACCUCUCUGGGGCAAAGAAACACAGACUUGGAGCAGAAAAACAUCGAUAUGAAGCAACAAAAAGUAUCAACAAUGACUCAGACCAAUAUAGCGUCAUUUUCUGAUUCUAGGAGUGAAAAAAUACAACAGAGUUUAGCUAGAGAGACACAGAAGCUCCAUGGCAUCUUGAAAGAGGUCAACACGAUGUCCAUUGAGAGACAGUGUCUGAUUAACACAAAUGAGGACUUAAAGACUCAAGUCAUGAGCAUUGAAAAAGCUGCAGUGGAAAUACACGAGCUGCUUCAAGAGAAAGAAGAGGGAUUAAAACAACUGUUCAAUGUAAACAGAACCUUAAAGGCAAAUAACACCACAUUAAAGCAGAUCAACACUGCCUUGGGUCAAAGAAACACCACCCUGGAGCAGGAAAAUACAGUCUUAGACCAGAAAAUUACAAUCCUGGAGCAGAAAAACACUGCCCUGAAGCUGAAAAGCAGUGCUCUAGAGCAGAAAAGUAAUAUACUGGAAAAAGAAAAGACUGCCUUCGAGCAGGAAAACACCGCCUUGGACCAGAGAAUCAGCACCCUGGAAGAGGAAAAUACCACCCUGGAGCAAGAAAGUAACAUCAUAGGAGAGGACAACAUCAUUCUGCUGCAGAUGGUCCUUUUUUUGCAGGAGACAAAUCGCGUCUUGCAGCGGAGAAACCAAGACUUGGAUCGGGAAAACAUCAUUUUCGAGGAAGAGAACAACGAGCUGGAGGAGCAGAACACCUACCUGAAUCUGAGAAGAAGGACCCUGGAGCAUGAGAAAUCCAUCCUGAUGCUCUCAAUCACUUCUCUGGAGGUGAAAAGCACCACCCUGGAGCAGAGGAGCACAAACUUAGAGCAGGAAACAAAUACCCUAACAAUGGAAAACAUCACCCUGAGGCAAAAACACACCGCCUUGGAGGAGGAAAAAAGCGCCCUUCAGCAUGAAAACACUGCCCUUAAGCAGGAAAACACUGCCCUUAAGCAGGAAAACACUGCCCUUAAGCAGGAAAACACCGCCCUAAAGCUGGAAAGCACCGCCCUGAAGGAUAUAAACACCGCCUUUGAGGAGGACAACACCGACCUGCAGCCUGAAGUGGAACAGCGGAACCAGCAACCAUCUGAAGAGGAGAGCCACGAAGGCAGCCAGUCGCUUUCAGACCAGCCACAGAGGCAGCCGUCGGUAUUCAGACGUGUGAUGAAUACGCUUCAGUGCCUGAGAGUGCCAAAGAGGCGCUUGAAAGAUGGCACUUCUAAAUAAAGAAGUGUCAUGAGGGCUCCAAGCUUCAUGCUUGAUUAUAUGUGGCAGAAAAGCUUGAGGACAACAGGACUUUUUUGGUCAGGGGAGCUGGACACUUGGGGGCUGUUGGCAGAAGAGCUUAACGCUUGAAAGUUGUUGGCAGGGGAGGCAGGGCUUCGUAGCGAGUCUUGUUGGUUUCCGGGCUGACCUCCAGGGCUUCCUAGCGAGGCCCGUUGGUCUCCAGGCUGACCUCCAGGGCUUCCUAGCAAGGCCCGUUGGUCUCCGGGCUGACCUCCAGGGCUUCCUAGCAAGUCCCAUUGGUCUCCUGGCUGACCUUCAGGGCUUCAUAGCGAGUCUUGUUGGUCUCCAAGCUGACCUCCAGAGCUUCCUAACGAGGCACGUUGGUCUCCGGGCUGACCUCCAGGGCUUCCUAGCGAGGCCCGUUGGUCUCCUGGCUGACCUCCAGGGCUUCCUAGCGAG